AUGAAGGCUGAUAGUGAUGGUAAUAGUAAUAAUAGCAAUAAAGGAUCAUUAUCAUCAUUACCGCCCCUAAUAUCAUCAUCUUCAUCGAAGCAGCAGUCCACUGAUGCUAAUGUAAUCACUCCAUCUGCAACCGAUGAAACAUCACAAUGUGCUCCAUUGGCGGAACCUGAACAAAUUGAUCAUCAUAAUCUGAAACAUCGUGGAAGCAUUUGGGAUACAUACACUGAAAUGAGUGAUGUCACGGAGCGAAAACGAAGAAUGACCCGUCAUUUCGACAGUACCGAUGAAACACAACAACAUCUAGCUGGCCUUGCGCCUGGCGCACGAGUGAUGUUUUUGCUUAAAGAACAGGAUGAAUUGCCAGCAUUAUUUACGGAAAUGGGUGAAUUAACACGUUCCGGAACGAUUGAAGAAUGGCGUGAAACAGCCAGAUGGGUGAAAUUUGAAGAAGAUGUUGAGGAAGGUGGCAAUCGUUGGUCAAAGCCACAUGUGGCUACUCUCUCAUUGCAUUCGCUUUUUCAAUUACGUUCUUGUUUGAUGAACGGUGUUAUCAUUAUGGAUUCUGAAGUGAAAGAAUUUUCAGAACUUAUUGAAGAGAUUCUGGAACAUUUAGUGGCGGCCAGGCAGCUAGGAGAGGCAGAAGUUGAUGAAGUUCGUAAUGUUCUUUCAAAACGACAUACUCAUCAAUAUGAACAGGCACGUGGAGCAGGAAAUGGUAAUGGUGCCUCGCAAAGUGGUUUCCUGAAUGCAGUGCGCUCAAUAUCCGACAUUGGUAAGACAUUUUCACAUGGACGAAAUCUGGGAAAGUUACCGGAGGAUACAGUAAAUGAAGGUACUGAAAUAUCGCCAAAGACGCCAACUUUAAAAUUGCCAGAAGUGAAAUCAGCGCCGAAAGAGAUGACACGUGAGGGAUCUCAUGCCGAUGUAAAAGGAAAUCUUCAUUUCAUGAAAAAAUUACCGUCAGGAACGGAAGCAUCAAAUGUAUUGAUCGGUGAAGUGGAUUUUUUGACUCAAUAUAUCACCGCUUUUGUCCGAUUAAAAACUGCCGUAACUCUCGGUGAUCUUACUGAAGUGCCGGUUCCAACGCGAUUUUUUUUCGUUCUGUUAGGUCCCACUGGAAAUGUUGCGCAAUAUCGAGAAAUUGGACGUGCAAUUGCUACACUUAUGUCUGAUGAGAUAUUCCAUGAUGUCGCAUAUAAAGCUCGGAAUAGUGAUGAUCUUUUGGAUGGUGUUGACGAAUUUUUAGAUCAGGUAACAGUAUUGCCACCCGGUGAAUGGGAUCCAAACAUUAGAAUUGAGCCACCAAAUAAGGUACCAUCACAGGAUAAACGAAAGCUUGGUGAUGAAUUAUUGCUCACCAAACUUCCUGCUCCGAAAAAGGAAAUGGAGGAGGAAGAUUCGCAUGCUAAUGAUCCAGCCUUAAAACGUACUGGUCAUCUAUUUGGUGGUUUAAUAAUGGAUAUAAAACGGAAAAUUCCUUGGUAUUUAUCUGAUUUUACCGACUCAUUAAAUUUGCAAUGUGUUGCAACAUUUUGUUUUAUGUAUUUUGCAUUACUUGCACCUAUUGUUACCUUUGGAGGAUUGCUCGAAGAAGCAACACAUCAGAGAAUGGCAGCAAUGGAAAACUUAUUUGGUGGUGCAAUCUGCGGUGUUAUUUAUCAUUUGUUCAGUGGUCAACCUCUUACAAUAAUUGGUUCCACAGGACCAGUUCUAGUGUUUGAGACUAUUGUGUUCGAUUUGUGUGCUAGUUUGAAUAUUGACUACCUCUCAUUUCGUUUUUGGAUUCAUGUUUGGACUGCCUUCAUCUUAUUCAUAAUGGUCAUUACGGAUGCUAGCGCUCUGGUAUCAUACAUAACACGUUUUACAGAAGAAUCAUUUGCAACUUUAAUAGCUAUUAUUUUUAUCUACGAAGCGAUAAUGAAACUUGUUAAGAUCACAACACAACUCGAUGUAGUUGAGUAUAGUAAGACGAAUCCAAAUGCGAUAUGCCGAUGUGUUGGUAAAGAUAUUCCUAUAGUGAAAGCAUUAGGUGUUAUCGAUAAAAACAACUGGAAAGAUAUUGUUCAUAACAAUACUUUUAUCGAUUAUUCCCAGGUUAGUUUUGAUCGAUGCAGAAAAUUGUAUGGUACGUUAGAAGGAGAUGGAUGUUUCGUACUUUAUGAUAAAUUUUUGAUGUCUUUGGUACUGAUGAUGGGUACAUUUACAUUGGCAACUCUCUUUAAGGUAAAUCUUGGAAAUUGA